UUGCUGAUAUGUGUUCAAGAUGAGUGGGAUGGGAGAAAAUACCUCUGACCCGUCCAGGGCAGAGACCAGAAAACGCAAGGAAUGUCCGGACCAGCUCGGACCCAGCCCCAAAAGGAGCACGGAGAAACGUAACCGCGAGCAGGAGAAUAAGUACAUAGAGGAACUCGCAGAGCUGAUCUUUGCAAACUUUAAUGAUAUCGACAACUUCAACUUCAAACCUGACAAAUGUGCCAUCUUAAAAGAAACUGUGAAGCAGAUCCGCCAGAUCAAAGAGCAAGAGAAAGCAGCCGCUGCCAACAUCGAUGAAGUGCAGAAGUCAGAUGUGUCAUCCACGGGGCAGGGCGUCAUCGACAAGGACGCACUGGGGCCUAUGAUGCUUGAGGCCCUUGAUGGGUUCUUCUUCGUCGUGAACCUAGAAGGCAAUGUGGUGUUCGUGUCCGAGAACGUGACGCAGUAUCUGCGGUAUAACCAGGAAGAACUGAUGAACAAGAGCGUUUACAGCAUCCUGCAUGUCGGGGACCACACGGAAUUUGUCAAGAACCUGCUGCCAAAGUCCAUGGUGAAUGGGGGAUCCUGGACCGGAGAACCUCCCAGGCGGAACAGCCACACCUUCAACUGUCGGAUGCUGGUGAAGCCUUUGCCAGAUUCAGAAGAGGAAGGCCAUGAUAACCAGGAAGCACAUCAGAAAUACGAGACGAUGCAGUGCUUCGCUGUGUCUCAGCCAAAGUCUAUCAAAGAGGAGGGCGAAGAUUUGCAGUCCUGCUUGAUUUGUGUGGCACGAAGAGUCCCCAUGAAGGAAAGGCCAGCCCUUCCCUCAUCAGAGAGCUUUACCACCCGCCAGGACCUCCAAGGCAAGAUCACUUCUCUGGACACUAGCACCAUGAGAGCUGCCAUGAAACCAGGCUGGGAGGAUCUGGUAAGAAGAUGUAUUCAGAAGUUCCACACACAGCACGAAGGGGAGUCUCUCUCAUACGCCAAGAGGCAUCAUCAUGAAGUUCUGAGACAAGGCUUGGCGUUCAGUCAGAUCUAUCGUUUUUCCUUGUCCGACGGCACUCUUGUUGCUGCACAAACGAAGAGCAAACUCAUCCGUUCUCAGACUACGAAUGAGCCUCAGCUUGUGAUAUCGCUACACAUGCUUCACAGAGAGCAGAAUGUGUGUGUAAUGAAUCCGGAUCUGACUGGACAAGCGAUGGGGAAGCCAUUGAGUCCAAUGAGCUCUAGCAGCCCCGCCCGUCAGGCCAUGUGCAGUGGGAACCCAGGUCAGGACGUGGCCCUCGGUAGCAAUAUGAACUUUCCCAUGAAUGGCCCAAGGGAACAGAUGAGCAUGCCUAUGGGCAGGUUUGGUGGUUCUGGGGGCAUGAACCAUGUAUCAGGCAUGCAAGCAACCACUCCUCAGGGUAGUAACUAUGCACUCAAAAUGAACAGUCCCUCACAAAGCAGCCCCGGCCUGAACCCAGGGCAACCCAGCUCUGUGCUCUCCCCACGGCAUCGCAUGAGCCCCGGCGUGGCUGGCAGUCCUCGCGUCCCACCCAGUCAGUUUUCCCCUGCAGGAAGCUUGCACUCCCCGGCGGGAGUUUGCAGCAGCACAGGAAAUAGCCAUAGUUACACCAACAGUUCCCUCAAUGCACUGCAAGCCCUCAGCGAGGGCCACGGGGUCUCCUUAGGGCCAUCGUUGGCUUCACCGGACCUAAAAAUGGGCAAUUCGCAAAACUCCCCAGUUAACAUGAAUCCUCCCCCACUCAGCAAGAUGGGAAGCUUGGACUCCAAAGACUGUUUUGGACUUUAUGGGGAGCCAUCAGAAGGUACAACUGGACAAGCAGAGGCCAGCUGCCAUCCUGAAGAACAGAAGAGGCCCAAUGAUUCCAGCAUGCCCCAGGCGGCCAGCGGGGACAGGGCUGAGGGACACAGCCGGCUGCAUGAGAGCAAAGGGCAAACCAAACUCCUACAGCUGCUGACCACCAAGUCCGACCAGAUGGAGCCUUCACCCUUGCCCAGCUCUUUGUCGGACACAAACAAGGACUCCACAGGCAGCUUGCCAGGGCCUGGGUCCACGCAUGGCACCUCGCUCAAGGAGAAGCAUAAGAUUUUGCACAGACUCUUACAGGACAGCAGCUCCCCUGUGGACUUGGCCAAGCUGACAGCAGAAGCCACAGGCAAAGAGCUGAGUCAGGAGUCCAGUGGCACGGCUCCUGGGUCAGAGGUGACUGUCAAACAGGAGCCGGCGAGCCCCAAGAAGAAAGAGAACGCACUACUGCGCUAUUUGCUCGACAAAGAUGAUACUAAAGAUAUUGGCUUACCGGAAAUAACCCCCAAACUCGAGCGGCUGGACAGUAAGACAGAUCCUGCCAGUAACACAAAGCUAAUCGCCAUGAAAACUGUGAAGGAGGAGGUGAGCUUUGAGCCCAGUGAUCAGCCUGGCAGCGAGCUGGACAACUUGGAAGAGAUUUUGGAUGAUUUGCAGAAUAGUCAGUUACCACAGCUUUUCCCAGACACAAGGCCAGGAGCUCCUACUGGGUCAGUUGACAAGCAAGCCAUCAUCAAUGACCUCAUGCAACUCACGGCUGACAGCAGUCCUGUCACACCUGUCGGAGCCCAGAAAGCAGCACUGCGAAUGUCACAGAGCACUUUUAAUAACCCACGACCAGGGCAACUGGGCAGGUUAUUGCCAAACCAGAAUUUACCACUUGACAUCACAUUGCAAAGCCCAACUGGUGCUGGACCUUUCCCACCAAUCAGAAACAGUAGUCCCUACUCAGUGAUACCUCAGCCAGGAAUGAUGGGUAACCAAGGGAUGCUAGGAAGCCAAGGAAACUUAGGGAACAAUAGCACAGGAAUGAUUGGCAGUAGCACUUCCCGGCCCAGCAUGCCUUCUGGGGAAUGGGCACCACAGAGUCCAGCAGUGAGAGUCACUUGUGCUGCCACCACUGGUGCCAUGAACCGGCCAAUCCAAGGGGGCAUGAUUCGGAACCCAACAGCAAGCAUCCCCAUGCGAGCCAACAGCCAGCCUGGCCAAAGACAGAUGCUGCAGCCUCAGGUCAUGAACAUAGGGCCUUCUGAGUUGGAGAUGAACAUGGGAGGCCCUCAGUAUAAUCAACAGCAGGCCCCUCCAAACCAAACUGCCCCAUGGCCCGAGAGCAUCCUGCCUAUAGACCAGGCAUCUUUCGGCAGCCAGAACAGGCAUCCUUUCGGCAGCUCCCCCGAUGACCUGCUCUGUCCACAUCCUGCAGCCGAGUCCCCAAGCGACGAGGGUGCUCUUCUAGACCAGCUCUAUCUGGCCUUGCGGAACUUCGAUGGCCUUGAAGAGAUUGAUAGAGCUCUGGGGAUACCAGAACUGGUCAGCCAGAGCCAAGCUGUGGAUCCGGAGCAGUUCUCGAGUCAGGAGUCCAGCAUGAUGCUGGAGCAGAAGCCCCCUGUUUUCCCACAGCAGUACGCAUCUCAGACACAAAUGGCCCAGGGGAGCUAUAAUCCCAUGCAAGAUCCAAACUUCCACACCAUGGGACAGCGGCCAAAUUAUACCACACUCCGAAUGCAGCCCCGGCCGGGCCUCAGGCCCACAGGCAUUGUGCAGAACCAGCCAAACCAACUGAGACUUCAGCUCCAACAUCGCCUCCAAGCACAGCAGAACCGCCAGCCGCUUAUGAACCAGAUCAGCGGUGUUUCCAAUGUGAACUUGACUUUGAGGCCUGGAGUGCCAACUCAGGCUCCUAUUAAUGCACAGAUGCUGGCCCAGAGGCAGAGGGAAAUCCUCAACCAGCAUCUCCGGCAGAGACAGAUGCAUCAGCAGCAGCAGGUGCAGCAGCGAACUCUGAUGAUGAGAGGACAAGGGUUGAAUAUGACCCCAAGCAUGGUGGCUCCCACUGGUCUACCAGCAGCCAUGAGCAACCCCCGGAUCCCCCAAGCCAAUGCCCAGCAGUUUCCAUUUCCUCCGAACUACGGAAUAAGUCAGCAACCUGAUCCUGGCUUUACUGGAGCUACGACUCCCCAGAGUCCUCUAAUGUCUCCCCGGAUGGCACAUACGCAGAGUCCCAUGAUGCAGCAGUCUCAGGCCAACCCAGCCUACCAGCCGGCCUCAGACAUGAACGGAUGGGCACAGGGAAGCAUGGGCGGAAACAGCAUGUUCUCACAACAGUCCCCACCACACUUUGGGCAACAAGCGAACACCAGCAUGUACAAUAACAACAUGAACAUCAACGUGUCCAUGGCAACCAACACGGCUGGCUUGAGCAACAUGAACCAGAUGACAGGCCAGAUGAGCAUGACCUCAGUGACCUCCGUGCCUACAUCAGGGCUGUCCUCCAUGGGUCCUGAGCAGGUCAAUGACCCUGCUCUGAGGGGAAGCAGCCUUUUCACCACAAACCAACUGCCUGGAAUGGACAUGAUCAAGCAGGAGGGAGAUGCGUCUCGGAAAUACUGCUGACCCUGGGGAAGCUGUCUGCGUCUUUCUUCUGGCUUACAGAACCUUUAGCAGUCUGGAGAGCUGCAUCCUUGUGUUGACCCACCUGACCCACCACCAGUUCUCCAGGACACAUCAGCAGACAGUGGGGCCCUGGCUCGCAGCAGCAUAGAGCCUGCUGGCUUGGCGCCACCGGAAGAGCUGCCUCUCCUGACUGACAGCCUGCAGCUCACCUCCAGACCAACCCGCAGUCUGUUCACUGCAUUCACCGUAGUGCAACUUAGAUCUCCUGCAGUAAACGUCCACAGGCCGACUCCAUCCCCAUUCAGAUUGAAUGUAUUUAAAUGUGUGUAUUUGGAGAACCACGCUCUUGUUCUGUUCCUGUUCGGCUCCAGACACUGGUUUCUUGCUUUGUUUUCCGUGGCUUUUCAGUGCAGUGAAAAGAUUGUGAUCUUACCUAGAGAAAGAAAGGAAUUUUGUAGCACAGUCCAGCACAAGGUGUUCUAGGCUUACAGUCUGCAUUUGGUCGGGAUGGAGGCAGGGGACACUGUGGACAGCACUGUGUGCUGACACACCUAGUCAGGGACACCUGACACAGGCAGAGUUCCAUCUCCAGCAGCCA